CGACGCCGACGCUACCACCACCGCCAUUCAUUCCGAGACCGAGAAGCGAGCCGAGUCUCGAGUUCAGUUCAGUCCACCUCACGAACCAGGCGGCAGCAGCAGCCUCUCAGGGGACCCAACCAGCAGCCGGACUCUGACUGAUUCGAUCGACUCGCCCUUCUCCGUCAAACACUACCGUCAACAUGUCAGCCCGAGAGGUGCACACGGAGGACAAGCUGGAGUACACCUUCAUUGAGGCGCCGUCCAACUCGCUGUUCUUCAAGGUGCGCUGCGCCAAUGACGCGCACGUGGCGCUCACCACCGGGCCCCUCGAGUCCUCGCCCAUGUACGAGAUCUUCCUCGGCGGCUGGGGCAACCAGAAGACGGCCAUCCGUCGCAACCGCGAGAAGCCCGACAAGGCCCUGGUGGACACGCCCAACAUCGUGACCGCCGACGAGCUCCGCGGCUUCUGGGUGCGCUGGGGCAACGGCAGCGUGGCCGUCGGCCGCGAGGGCGAGGCCGACCCCGUGGUGUCCUGGGACGACCCGGAGCCCUUCAGGAUCACGCACUACGGCAUCUGCACCGGCUGGGGCGCCACUGGCCAGUGGAUCAUUGAAGAGCCUGCUUCCGCGCCCGGCUGGGUUCAGCCCCGCGACGCGGGUGCCGGUGGCGUGGCCACGUGGGUGGACGUGACCGGCGGGGACAUCCCUUCCAACGCGGUGCCCGGCGGCCAGGACGUGAGCGGAGAGUCGCUGUUCGUCGGCCGCGCCCGCCACGAGGGCGCCCUCCUCCCCGGCAAGGUGGUGCCCUCACAUGGGGUCUGCUACGUGCCUUGGGGCGGCGCCGAGCACGGCAAGCCCGAGUACCAGGUGCUGUGCGGCUGCGAGCCCGUGUGGAUGCCCUGCUCCGGGGACGCUAUCCCCAGCGGGGCGCUGCCCGCCGGCGAGUCCGAGGACGGCGAGGCGCUCUUCAUCGGCAGGGCGACGCACGAGGGUGCCCUCUCCAUCGGCAAGGUGCAACCGAGCCACAAGGCCUGCUACGUCCCUUUCGCCGGCGUGGAGGUCCCCUACUCUCAAUUUGAAGUCCUGGUGGCCAACGCGUAACUUCCAGAACUCCAUCGAGUGCUUCAGCUGAACCUAGGAAGUUUUAAUCUGGUCGCUUCGUUUAUGUACCUGUAUUAUGUUGUCAUUACCAUAUUUGUUGCGUUAGUACAUAUUUUAUUUCAAGUUGGCGCCCGGGGCGCUGACCUCUGAGCUUUUGUCCAUGGAAUGUAAUGCUAUUUUAUCAGAACCUCAUACAUACUAUUUUAUAUUACGCCAAUUUAAUUUAUUAAAAUCAAUUUCAACUUU